ACAAUCACCAAUACCCAUAUGUCGCUGAUACCCAUCAACCCCAUCACCUUCAAUUCCAGCCUGAACCCUCUCCGGUUCACCCCCCUGGUGUCAUCCCAGCCGCUGCUGAACCGGGUCUCGCCAGACCUAGCCAUGGCUCGAGAGAAUAUCUUGCUGUGCUCCUCAGGCUCUUUUCGGACUUUCUCUGGACAAAAGGCUGAUACUGGAAUAGAGGGUGUUUCAUUUUCAGUUUCAGACUUAGGGAAGCAUUGAGCAUGUUCUAAGGACCUUAAAUUGACACUUGUCAAGGAUUGCUUGAUCAACAGUAUCUCGAGGCUGACACGAUUUGGCCAAAGUUCCUGGUCAAUGGAUGGGUAUAUUGGUUGAUUAGAAAAUUAGAAAAUAAAUUAUAUGUGAACGUAAUGAGGAAAAUCCAUGCUUGUCAUAUGGUUUAUCAACAAGAAAACUAAUUUCUAUAUUCUAUGUGGUGUUUUGUAUGGGCACAUCCAAGCAUACUUCAAUACUGGUAGUGUUUCUAUAUUCUAUGUGGUGUUUUGUUUGGGCACAUCCAAGCAUACUUCAAUACUGGUAGUGUUUCUAUAUUCUAUGUGGUGUUUUGUUUGGAGAUCAAGUGGAGAAGGAUAAUUGUAAGCAUGCAGCAACAUGUAUAAAUGCUGGAUUCAAUGGUCAUGAUUAAUCUGCAUAUGAAUUUUGGAAUAAGAGAUGGUGACUCAGGGCAUCUGGGACCAUCACUGAUUAGGGGCAUUCAAACUGAAGGAAAGCACAAAAGACUAAAAUUGUAAAGCUAAGAAGCAAAGGUUUUGAUCAAAUUGUCAAGUUGUUUUUCCAUUUUAUUUUAUAUUCUGGGAUCCAACUACCUUUUUUUUUUUCGAAAGCAGAAGGAAUUUCCAACUGCCCUUGUUAUAAUGCUUUUUGAUGAGUACUUCAAGCAUUUAACUUUAUUGAAAUGAUAUUUAGGAGUUUUUCAAUAUUUGAAAUUUUGAUUUUUUGAUACAUAGAUGAAAAUAUAUGCAAGAAUUGGAAUGAUUCUUGAUAUUAAGGAUGCCUCCUUGGAAGCAAUUUCAGGGCCAUCACAGUCUCUUCUAUUUGUUAAUGUAUGUGAUAAUUUAAAAUGACUUUCUAUUUCAAAGUUUUCUUUGAUUAUCACCUGGCUCAAUCAGAGAUUCACUUUCUCGAUCAGUUUUAUCUGUCAUUAAUUUUUUUUUCUCCAGUAUUUGCUAGCAGUUUUUUACUAACUGACUGACAUUUCGUCAUGUUGACAGGUUGUUGUGGAUAGGAUGAAUUCUCAGUAUUAUAACUGUUUUCUUUUACUUCUCUCUCUUUCUGAGUAUCACAAUCCUUGUUUAUGAUUUCAAUUUUAUAUUUCAUUCCAAUCCUUUCCUUUCAAAUUUCCAAUGUAUUAUCUGAAUAUUGUGAGGAUAUCCAUUUAUGUUUGAAUUCACGUGAAGUUCUUAUUUUUCAGGCCGGGCCAUCUCAAUAUAGAGGUAGGGGUGGCAGGGGUGGUAGACCAUUUAGACGGGGUGGCCGUGGUCGUGGUCGAGGCCAGUUCAAUCAUGGUAGGGGACAUGGGGUGGGUGGUGGUGGACACUUUCCAUCCCAUACUUCAGGACCUGCUAUUUCUGAUGUGCCAGGUGCACCUGCUGCUGCUGGAGCAACCUCAUCAAUCUCUGGGCAAAUGACAAUACCUAAUUCAGCUGAAGUGCCAGCUGCAUCUGCUCAACCUCUAUCACGUAAGAUGUAUUGUGAAGUUUGUAAGGCUGAGUGCAACAGUCCAGAAAUCAUGGAACAACAUAAGAAUGGAAAGAGACAUAAGAAGAAUAUGAAAAUACAUGAAGAAUUACAGAGACGCAAUAAUUUAAAUGGACAACAGAGUGGACAGAUUCCUACAUCUCAAGUGAAUUUGGCAGAUCAUCCUCAGAAAGUUCAGAACUCUGAGAAAAAGGAAUGCCCCACAGAAAAUAUGGGCUCUGAAAUUACAGCUGAUUAUGACAAGAAUGAAAUUAAGUUGCAGAAUAAUGUAGGAGAGACUUCUGAAGUUCCAGCUGAAGGGCCUGAGGGGAACACCACGGAUAACUCUGCUCUAGGAGACCGUGGAUUGAAGCGUAAAAUGAGAGGAGGAAAAGUACGUAGAAACGCGAAGAAGACUACAGCACAACUUUCAGAAGCUGAGCAACCUACAACUUUUAUUUGUGAACUCUGCAAUGCUAAAUGUGAGUCCCCUGCUGUUUAUAAUAGUCAUAUGGCUGGGAAAAAGCACUUAGCAAAUCUGAAGCGAGCAAAUGGUUCCCAAGCUUUGCCUGGAGCAGGUAAACAAACUUCAUCCACAGUAGUUCAUCAACCUUUGCCUGGAGUAUCAGGUCUUCAAGCACUAUACCCAUCCGACGUCAACGCUCUGGCGAAUGCAAUUAAUACUCAAGUCCAACAAGGUGAUAAUGAUCCACAGAUACUUUUGGCUCAGCUUCUGAUGACUGUGAUAUCUCAAGGACAAGGGCAAGCACCAGCAAUUCCACCCACAGGACCUUUGGCUGGUCAGAUACCAGAGCCCUCAUCAGUGCCCGGAUUAAGUCAUGAACAACAAUUGGCACAAACACAAGUGUCAGACAUAACAGCACAUGUUGAGAUGGAAAAUCCUGCUGGGGAAACAAAUAAUGAACUGUUAUCUGAACAACAAUUGGCACAGACACAAGUGUCGGACAUAACAGCACAUGUUGAAAUGGAAAAUCCUGCUGGGGAAACAAAUAGUGAACUGUUAUCUGUCUCAACAGAGUUUAAUGCACUGGCAGGUUCAAGCGUUACCCAAAUAGAAGGUGGAAGUUCUGAAACUAAGCCGUCCCAAGUAUAGUUCAGGUAUGACAAUGGCAGACAUCUCGUAGCAGGACCAAAGGAGAUUCAACCAUUCUUCUCUCCUUUUUUUUUUGUUUACCUUUGGUGUUAAAGACUUAUUAUAUGUUGUUGGGUAUGAAUAUUGUAUGUUUUGCUCACAUGGAUGUUAACAUGUGCUAGAAAUCCUUUACAUUGCUGUUAUGUGCAAACCCCUUUUUUAAAUGUCCGUUGUUGUGACAGCUUGGUGAAAUGAUGUUUUAACAUUUUCAUGCUACAAUGAGCGCAUCAUUGAGGGAGUUUGAUGGUACUAAUGUUAUGAAGCUUUUGCAUA